AUGAUUUUGUCCAAAAAUUUUCCAACAUUUUGGCUGGCAGCGAUUGGCGACUCAUUUUCCUCAGGUCAAGGAAAUCCGGCAAAAUCCAUUCCAAAGUGGUUAGACGGUAUGUGCCUUUAAUAAUUGAUUUAUUUUUGAAAUUUUGCUCAUUUUAUUAUAGAACCCUGCUAUCGAUCAAGGAAUUCAUUCGUCUUCAAAACUUUCGAGAAAAUUCGAGAAAAAUGUUCGAUUUUCACAUUUUUAUCAUGCUCCGGAGCAUCGGUGGAUAAUGGAAUAUUAUCGAAAAAUGGGCAGAUUGAAAAACUGGAGAAUCUCAUGAAAAUUCGAAAAUCUUCUCCAGAUUCUUUGAUUCUGACAGUGGGUGGAAAUGAUAUCGGAUUCACUGAUAUUCUAUCGCAAAUUCAAGAGGAGAAUUUCUCCGAAAUCUCAAUUAACAUGCGAUUUUUCUACGUAUUCCAUCAACUCGAUAGAAUCGCUGCGAAGUUAGCCGAACUCAAAAUUCCCCAAAUUAUCCUGGUUAAUUAUUAUGACAUCACACGUAAUGAAAAUGGCGAAGUUGAUGCGAGUUGCGGGAAAUUUGGGAAGGUUUCGCAGUUGAAUUUGAUAUUGGCGGAACGACGGAUCUUGCGAAGAUUGAAUGAAUUGUUGCGGAGGAAAGCGGAGAAAUAUGGGUGGGAAUUGGUGGAUAUAAGCGAGAUUUUUCGGAGGAGAGGAUUGUGCUCCAAGAAUAGUUUGAUACGGUAGGCUUUGUGAAAAAAUUCACUGUUUCAAAAAUUGUUCAUUUAUUUCUAGUAUUUUGAAAGAGCGUUUCGGUAAGAAUGUUUUCCUGAUUAAAAAUUAAUUGAAAAAAAAUCAAUUGAAAAUCCACGUGGUUUUUUUUCAGAAAAAUGCACUAUUUUUCCUCCAAAAAUAUUCACUGUUUCAAAAAUUGUUUAUUUAUUUCAAAUAUUUUUUUCAGCGUUUCCGACAAUUUGUUUCAUGAUUUUAAAAAAAUCCAUUGAAAAUCCACGUGGAUUUUUUAAAGAAAAAUUCAAAUUUUUUCAUAGAAAAAUAUUCACUGUUUCAAAAAAUCGUCUUAUUUUCCGAAUCAUUUUAAACGGGGUUACGACGUCUCGAUUCCGCUCGAAAAGUUUUAUAUCUAGAAAAAAAACGUUGAAAAUUCAAUAAUUGAAUUUAAAUGCAUUCCUCACAAUAAAAAAUUGAAAAUCCACGUUUUUUUUUUCAAUUUACGACUCUUUCUCAUACGAUGAAAAAUGCACCAUUUUUCCUCCAAAAAUAUUCACUGUUUCAAAAAUUGUUCAUUUAUUUCAAAUAUUUUGAAACAGCGUUCCGGAACAUUUCUUUAUUAUUAAAAAAAAAUAACCGAAAAAAAAUCCAUUGAAAAUCCACGUGGUUUUUUUUUGAGAAAAAAAUACAUUUUUUCUUUGACUCUUUCUCAUACGAUGAAAAAUGCACCAUUUUUCCUCCAAAAAUAUUCACUGUUUCAAAAAUUGUUUAUUUAUUUCUAGUAUUUUGAAACAGCGUUUUUACAACUUUUUUUAUUAUUCAAAAAAUAAUUGAAAAAAAAAUCCAUUGAAAAUCCAUGUGGUUUUUUUUAAAAAAAAACUACACUAUUUUUCAUCCAAAAAUAUUCACUGUUUCAAAAAAUCGUCUUAUUUUUCGAAUGAUUUUAAACGGGAGUAGAAAGGCUUGAGGGGGCUCUAAUAAUCGCUAAUCUCUGAAAAUUUUGAGAAAAUUUUAUAUCAAUGAUUUAAAAAAUUGAAAAUCCAUGUGGUUUUUUAAAGAAAAAAAUCAAAUUUUUUCAUCCAAAAAUAUUCACUGUUUCAAAAAAUUGUCUUAUUUUCCGAAUGAUUUUACACGGGGUUUCGAAGUGUUGGUAGGUUUGAAUAAUCUCUAUAUCUAGAAAAAAACGUUAAAAAUGCAGAAAAUUUUAUAUCAAUGCAUCCUUAAAAAUUGAAAAUCCACGUGGUUUUUCAGAAAAAUUUGUUUUUUAAAUUCUUGUUGAUACUAUGAAAACAUGCUAUUUUUAACGCAAAAAAUUCACUGUUUCAAAAUUUUUUUAUUUAAAUGUUCUUUAUAAUUAAAAAAAAAUAAUUGAAAAAAAUAAUCCAUUGAAAAUCCACGUGGUUUUUUUUGAGAAAAAAUACACUAUUUUUCUUUCACUUUUUCAUACGAUGAAUACUCGUCAUUGCCAACUCAAAAAAUCCACUGUUUCAAAAAUUGUUCAUAUUUUUUGCAAUUACUUCCAACAGAGUUUGGAAGUGUUGGUAGGUUCGAAUAAUCGCUAAUCUCUGAAAAAUUAGAGAAAAUUUUAUAUCAAUGAAUUUCAAUGCAUUCCUCACAAAAAUUGAAAACCCACGUGGUUUUUUUCAAAAAAAUUCACUAUUUUUUUAAUCUUGUUGAUACGAUGAAUACCUUGAUUUUCGCUAUGACCCAAAAAUUCACUGUUUCAAAAAUUUUACAUUUAUUUCAAAUAUUUUGAAACAACGUUUCGAUGAAUUUGUUCAAAAUAAAAAAAACAAUUGAAUUUCAAUCCAUUGAAAAUCCACGUGGUUUUUUAAAGAAAAAAAUUCACUAUUUUUUAAAACUCUUGUCGGUACGAUGAAAAAUGCACAGGUUUGUAUCCAACAAAAAUUCACUGUUUCAAAAAUUGUUCAUAUUUUUGCAAUGACUUCGAACAGAAUUGCGAGUUGUUAAUGGAAUGAGACUCAAUUGAGAAUAAUCUGAAAAUUGUAUUUUUUUUGUGGAAUUUCAGAGCCCAUAUAAUUUUUUUUCAAAAGUGAAAACAUUUUUUUCAGUUAAUUUUCAACAUAAAAAAAUUCACUGUUUCGAAAAUUGGUCAUAAUUUUUGUUUUAAUUUUAAAAAACCGUUAAGUAAAAUACGCUAAGUAUUGAUACGACAAAAUUUUUUCAAUUUUUUUUUUGCAAGAAAAAUUUAUAUUGCCACGUGGAAUUUCAAAAUCCACGUGGUUUUUCAAAAUGGAAUUCGCACAAAUAUGAAAUUUUCGAGAAAUUCAAAUUUUUUCACUUGGAAAAAAUUCACUGUUUCAUAAAUUUUUCAUAUUUCUGUAAUGCCUUUGAAAUUUGUUAGACGCACAUCUGAUGGUUUUUAUUUUUAAAUCACAAUCUAUUGCCACGUGGAAUUUCAGAACCAUAGUUUAUGAAAAAAAUCGAAAAUUCGUAAUUUUUCACUUGGGAAAAAAAUUCACUGUUUCAAAAAUUUCUCUUAUUUUCUGAAUGAUUUUGUGCAGAGUUUCAUUGAUUAUUCUCAAAUUCCACGUGGCAAUUUCAAGUUCUAAAAAUCCACGUGGCACCUUCUCCUACUCACUCAAAAUAUGUUUCCAGAUCCCGAAACGAAUCCCUCGCUCUUCAAUCCAACGACUACGGUAGUUUUCAUCCAAACAUCGAAGGUCAUCGACUAAUAUCCGAAAAAUUGGUCUCGCAUUUGACCUAA